AUGUGUAGAUCUAGUGCUAAGGACACAGCACAAGUAAUAGAUUUGGUCUCAUACUAUGGCAGAGUAGUUGAUAUUAUCCUACUAGAUUACAAUGUGUUCUACUUUCCCAUAUUCCUGUGUCAUUGGGAUGUUAGAGGAAACGGUGUUAAAGUAGAAUAUGAGUUCACACUAGUUAAUAUGAAUCAGAGUCAAGCAUCUUUCGCCAAGGAUCCAUUCAUCUUAGCAUCUCACGCGAGACAAAUAUUUUAUUCUAGGGAUAACGAUGAUUCCAGUUGGUAUGUAGCUAUGAGAGGUCCAUCUAGGAGAUACAGUGAUAAGAAUGCUGAAAUAGUGAACACAGAAGUAGGUCCGCUACCUUCAGAGGUUGACAUGGAGGCAGAAGCAGACGGUGGAAGGCAGGAAGAAACACAGCCUGAUGACAGACAACUUGAAGACACUGAGCCUUGUAUGGCUGAGGGUAUGAUAGAUAGCCAGAUGGAUGUACAAGAGUCUGUUCGAGAUGGUACGGAAGAACAAACCCGUAAGGAGACCAGUUCCCAAGACGCUAUACGGUUUGACCUAGAAGGAGAGUAUGAGAAGGCGGCUGUCAUGAAGCAGAUGGAAUGUCUUCGGAGAGCCUCUAAGUCACGCUUGGUGAAGCAGAUACGGAAAGCUCAGAACCACGCCGAAAGAAUGAAACUCCGGCCAGACAAUGUCCCUAUGGCGGAAUGGAGGAAGUUUGUCAAACAGAAAACUAGCUAA